GAUAGAGUUGAGGUUCUAUACAAUCAUAUUAGCGCCCACCUCAAAACGAAAAGGUUUUUCUCUCUCAGAGAAUUGGGCUCUGGAAUCGAACCCGGAAUGUGGAGUUGCAAUUGUGCACAUCGUGACCAACCAAGCGGGCGUCCAAAUCCCAUUCCAUUGCUGGGCCGUCAAGCUACCAUCACAACGCAUCGAAGCAUGAGAAGCGGAGUUUUAAUGGAUUCAUAGCAAAAACUCACCACUAAAAUGGCCGCUGUACCAAUACCCACCCCUGCGACCCUCUGGAGAUGAUGUUUCCUAUUCUCUCUUAUGGCUAUUAUUGCUCAGAGGAGAACCCUUUCUUUUCCAUUUCCUCUUUCCUCAUCUCUCGACGCACUCUUCUGCAUCAUAAAGAGAUUGAAUCAUACGGCAACUAGCACUGGAGAAAACCUCUGUUUCCAAAAUGAUUGUUUUGAUACAUCAACAUGGAAGGUGGUGGACUCAAGAACUGUUGGGGUCAACAAAUGGAUGGUUGCAUCUCCAGUAUGGACUAUUAUGAAAGUUCUCCAAAGAAAAGGAUAUGAUUCCUACUUAGUGGGUGGAUGUGUGAGAGACUUGUUGCUGGGAAAGACACCAAAAGAUUUUGAUGUGGUCACCACUGCAGGUCUAAACAAGAUUAGAAGGACAUUUCAUGAUUGCCUAAUUGUGGGUAGACGAUUUCCUGUUUGUCACGUGAACAUUCAAGGUUCUACUGUUGAGGUAUCAAGCUUUGAGACAACCGAUCCCUUUGCUCAAACAGAAUCUAAUCUUGAUUCACACGUGCCCUCUGGUUGUAAUCAUAAAGACUUUAUUCGUUGGAAGGACUGCAUGCGAAGGGAUUUUACUAUUAAUGGAUUGUUCUAUGACCCCUUCGCAAAUACAAUCUAUGAUUAUGCCAAUGGGAUGAAGGAUUUGAGCAUGUGCAAGCUGCGAACUCUGAAACCUGCUCAUGCAUCAUUUAGAGAAGAUUGUGCAAGAAUUUUGCGUGGAUUUAGAAUCGCGGCUCGUCUUAAUUUGGUUUUCUCAAAAGAGACUGCCUCUGCCAUUCGAGAUCUUUCUUCUUCCAUAGCCAUGCUGAGUAAGGCUAGGCUGUUACUGGAAUUGAACUAUAUGUUAGCAUUUGGUGCUGCUGAGGCCUCUCUCCAAUUGCUAUGGAAAUUCAGACUCCUCGAAAUUGUCCUUCCACUACAUGCUGCAUAUUUGACUCAUCAAGCAAAGAUCCUUUCUGAUGGGAAUCCCAAUAUGCUAAUGGGUUUAUUUGCUAAUCUAGAUAAGUUGCUUGCAUCAAAUCGCCCUUCUAAUACUAAUUUAUGGAUUGGCCUGUUAGCAUUUCACCUUGCUUUGCUUAGUCAACCACAAGAGGCUCUUGUAGUAUGGACUUUCUCCUCCUUUUUGUUUCAUGGCAAUUGGAGCAAAGCAGUGAGCAUAGGAAGACAAAAUGCUCAAGUUGGUGUGCAUUAUCUUCCUGAAAUUUUGGAGUCAAAGGAAACUAAAACUGAUGCGCUACUGUCAUCUGAAGUAUCACAAUUUGCAUUAAAAGUGAUAUCGUCAAUAGAUGCUAUGUCUGAACCAGAUGCCUCUCUUGAAACAGUGUCUGACCUCCCACUUUCUCCAUGUUUAGGUUUGGCCCUGAUAUCUAAGAGAAUGGCCAAUCAAGUGGCAAUGAUCUUCGAGGUUGUUCGAAGUGAUCGAAAUCCAAGAGCUGUGCAAGAGAGCUCUGAAAUAGACUACAAGCUUCUGAGGCAAGGCGACCUCGAACAAGUCAGGUUUGUGCUUGGAAAGGUUAUCAUGGAAACUCUGAAGGCAGGUGCUCCUCUUAUUGAGAAAAUGCUUCCGUCUCCCCCUCGAAGCCUAUCGGCAAUUUUUAGAUCUAAAUAAACUUAUACUUGUACACAUCUUCUAUUUUAUUAUUUUUAGUUCUAGUUUUGGCUAGGUAUAUUUGUACAUUAACAUACCCCAUGUAAUACUAGUUUUUUCUCUUCAAAUCAUUUUGGAGCUCUGUGAAAAUAAAUCAAUCAAUUCACAGCAGUUCAUUUC